AGCAUUGCAAAUUAUAUUUGAAUAUUGAUCGGAUUUUGCAAUAUUGAUGGUGAGGAAUGAACUCCUGCAUGAUGAUGAGUAGCUCCAUUGCAUUUGCAGCGGUGGACCUUCGUCCAUCUUCCUUUGUACGCCCUUUCCCCUCCUUACCAUCAGCAUCAGCGAAAUCCGUAUCUCCCAAAUUCCGAUGCUCCAUUGCCGACACGCUCCGCUCUCUGCCCAACCUCAUCGACGGCCAGCCAUCCAGAGUCGCCGACACCGUAAUCGUCGGCGGCGGCAUCAGCGGCCUCUGCAUCGCCCAGGCACUCGCCACCAAGCACGCCGGCGUCGCUCCUAACCUCAUUGUCACCGAGGCCGGCCCUGGAGUCGGCGGCAACAUCACCACCGUCGAAAGGGACGGUUAUCUUUGGGAGGAGGGCCCCAACAGUUUCCAGCCCUCUGAUCCCAUGCUCACCAUGGCGGUGGAUAGUGGAUUGAAAGAAGAGCUGGUAUUGGGGGAUCCAAAUGCACCUCGGUUUGUACUGUGGAAUGGGAAGCUGAGACCAGUUCCUUCCAAACCCACUGAUUUGCCUUUCUUUGAUUUGAUGAGCAUCCCCGGCAAACUCAGGGCUGGUUUUGGUGCUCUUGGCAUUCGCCCUUCUCCUCCUCCAGGACGCGAGGAAUCAGUUGAAGAGUUUGUUCGCCGUAAUCUUGGCGAUGAGGUUUUUGAACGCUUGAUUGAGCCUUUUUGUUCAGGUGUUUAUGCCGGUGAUCCUUCAAAACUAAGCAUGAAAGCAGCAUUUGGGAAAGUCUGGAAGCUAGAGCAAACUGGAGGUAGUAUCAUAGGUGGAACUUUUAAAGCAAUCCAAGAGAGAAAUCAAGUUCCCAAGCCACCUCGAGAUCCGCGUCUACCAAAACCAAAGGGCCAAACAGUUGGAUCUUUCAGGAAGGGACUUGCUAUGUUACCAAAUGCAAUUUCCACAGGUUUGGGUAGCAAAGUGAAACUAUCUUGGAAGCUUUCUAGUAUUAGUCAGUUGGAUAAUGGAAGCUACAAUUUGACAUAUGAAACGCCAGAAGGAUCGGUUUCCCUACUGAGUAAAAGUGUUAUCUUGACUGUUCCUUCCUACGUCGCAAGUAGUUUAUUGCGUCCUCUAUCUGCGGCUGCUGCAGAUUCACUGUCAAAAUUUUAUUACCCACCAGUAGCAUCUGUGACGGUUUCAUAUCCGAAGGAUGCAAUUCGGACAGAAUGCUUGAUAGAUGGGGAACUCAAGGGUUUUGGUCAAUUGCAUCCGCGCAGCCAAGGGGUUGAAAUUUUAGGAACUAUAUACAGCUCAUCUCUCUUUCCUGACCGGGCACCUACAGGAAGGGUACUGCUUCUAAACUACAUUGGAGGGGCCACCAACCCUGGGAUUUUGUCCAAGACGGAGGAUGAACUUGUGGAAGCAGUUGAUAGGGACUUGAGAAAAGUCCUGAUAAGACCCAACGCAGAGGAUCCACUUGCACUGGGCGUGAAAGUGUGGCCACAAGCCAUUCCACAAUUCUUGAUCGGGCAUUUGGAUACUCUUGAUGCGGCCAAAGCUGCUCUGAGUGAUGCGGGAUUACAGGGGCUGUUUUUGGGUGGCAACUACGUAUCAGGUGUGGCCUUGGGCCGAUGCGUUGAGGGCGCUUAUGAUGUCGCAGCCGAGGUGGCAAGUUUUCUGUCGCAGUACUCAUAUAAAUGAUUAGUUUCGGAUACUAGUUAACUCUUGCGUCGAAGUAAAACUUGAGGAAAUCGUUUAGGUAGUCACAUUUUUUGCAUUCGUAGAUGUAGAUUCUCAUUUGCAUUAACUGAGGUCGUGACAGUGAUUUUGAAA